CUCUCGGUCAUAGUCUCCUAGAUCUUCUCUCUCUAUCUCUCUCUCUCUCUCUCUUCCCCCCACUGCCUCCUCUCCACUCCACUGGACUCCACACCCUAUCCUCUCUCUUUGACCUCCCCCAAAAACCUCUCAAGUCUACUAAACACCUCUCAGUCUACCGAACCCACCAACCAGCCAUGUCUCUCGUCGUCUCGAAAACCUCUUCAGGCCGAGAAUACAAAGUCAGAGACCUAUCUCAGGCCGAUUUCGGCCGCCUCGAGAUCGAGCUCGCCGAGGUCGAGAUGCCCGGUCUCAUGUCCUGUCGCUCCGAGUUCGGUCCCUCCCAACCUUUCAAAGGCGCUCGCAUCACCGGCUCGCUCCACAUGACCAUCCAGACCGCCGUUCUCAUCGAGACCCUCACAGCUCUCGGCGCCGAGGUUCGCUGGUGCUCCUGCAACAUCUUCUCCACUCAGGACCACGCCGCCGCAGCCAUCGCACGUGACUCCGCCUCCGUCUUCGCCUGGAAAGGUGAGACCUUGGAAGAGUACUGGUGGUGCACCGAAAAGGCCCUUGAUUGGGGCCCCGGUGGUGGCCCCGAUUUGAUUGUUGACGAUGGUGGUGAUGCCACUUUGCUUAUCCAUGAGGGUGUUAAGGCUGAGGAAGAGUUUGAGAAGUCCGGGAAGUUGCCUGAUCCGAGUUCUACUGAUAAUGCUGAGUUUAGGAUCGUUUUGGGGUUGAUUAAAGAGGGCUUGUUGGUGGAUCCCAAGAGGUAUAGGAAGAUGAAGGAGAGGCUGGUUGGUGUUUCGGAGGAGACGACUACUGGGGUUAAAAGGUUGUAUCAAAUGCAGGUUAAUGGGACUCUCUUGUUCCCUGCUAUUAAUGUCAAUGAUUCUGUUACUAAGAGCAAGUUUGAUAACUUGUAUGGAUGCCGACACUCUCUUCCUGAUGGUCUCAUGAGAGCCACCGAUGUGAUGAUUGCCGGAAAGGUAGCCGUAGUUUGUGGGUAUGGAGAUGUUGGGAAGGGUUGUGCUGCUGCUCUUAAACAAGCUGGAGCUCGAGUGGUGGUCACUGAAAUUGAUCCAAUCUGUGCUCUUCAGGCUCUCAUGGAAGGCAUCCCAGUCUUGACACUGGAAGAUGUUGUCUCGGAAGCUGACAUUUUUGUUACCACCACUGGGAACAAGGACAUCAUCAUGGUUCACCACAUGAGGAAGAUGAAGAACAAUGCCAUUGUCUGUAACAUUGGGCAUUUCGAUAACGAAAUCGACAUGCAUGGUUUGGAAACUUACCCUGGUGUUAAACGCAUUACGAUUAAGCCUCAGACCGAUCGGUGGGUUUUCCCGGAGACCAAUUCUGGCAUCAUUGUUCUUGCUGAAGGGCGUCUAAUGAACUUGGGAUGUGCAACUGGGCAUCCCAGUUUUGUCAUGUCUUGCUCUUUCACCAACCAAGUUAUUGCUCAGCUUGAGUUGUGGAAAGAGAGGGCAAGUGGGAAGUAUGAGAAGAAGGUCUAUGUUCUGCCUAAGCAUUUGGAUGAGAAAGUUGCGGCGUUGCAUCUUGGAAAGCUUGGUGCUAAGCUUACUAAGCUUACUCCUGCGCAAGCUGCAUAUAUCAGUAUACCUGUUGAUGGUCCUUACAAGCCUCCUAACUACAGGUACUGAGGAAGCAAGAUGCUGGGUAGUGCUGGCUGCUGGCUUUUGUGUCGGUUCCAUUGUUAUGGACCUUGUGGUCUUGUUCAAGUAGUUGUUUUUAGUGUUAAGAGAGGGUAGGAAGCCAGGAUGUUUACAUUUCUGUUAUGAUGGGAUCAGUGUUUGUUCUACUUCUAGUUGUUGAAAGCAUUUUGGCAAUUUUUAUUAGUCAUUGUUUUGGACCUUCUGGUCUUGUUCAAGUGGUUGGUUUUAGUGUUAAGAGAGGGUAAGAAGCUACAAGGUUUGCAUUGCUGUUAUGAUGGGUAUCAGUGUUUGUGCUACUUCUAGUUGUUGGAGCAUUUUGGCAAAUUUUUAAUUGUUAAGACCCUUUUUAAUUUGAAUAUUCUUUUUCUUUUC